UUCUCAAAGUAUUGUCCCUUCCUUUAUGGCUUUGGAAGAACAAAACUUGGCCUUCAAAUGGGAUAUAGCAUCUAUUGCUUAUGGGCUAUCAACUCUAUUCCAGUCCUCAUCUAUGUUAUCAUCCCUGCUAUUUGCCUCCAUAAUGAAAUUUUCUUAUUCCCUAAUGUAUUCAGCUUUUGGUUCAUUCCAUUUGCAUUUGUGAUUGCAUUAAGUUAUAUUAUUAGCUUGUGGGAGUCACUAAUUCAUGGUGACACAUUGAAGGCUUGGUGGAAUGAACAAAGAAUAUGGUUAUAUAAGAGAACAACUUCAUACCUUUUCGCAUUGGCGGACACAAUUCUCAAGCUAAUAGGUAUAAGAAAUCUAGCCUUUGUUAUUACGCCAAAGGUGGUUGAUGAAGAGGCAUCCAAGAGAUAUGAGAAAGAGAUCAUAGAGUUUGGGUCCACUUCACCAAUGUUUACAAUAUUGUCUACAAUAGCAAUGCUCAACCUCUUUUGCUUUGUUGGAGGAAUUGGAAGAGUGAUAAUAUAUGAAGCAGGUGGAGCUUUAAGCUCGCUGUUUUUGCAAUUCUUGCUUAGUGGGUCAUUGGUUCUCAUAAACCUUCCCAUUUUCGAAGCUUCAUUCCUCAGGAAAGAUAAUGGACGCAUUCCCAUGGGUACAACAAUUUCAUCAAUUGCAAUAGUUUUAGCAGCUUAUUCCAUAAGUAUGUUUUUGGACAAGAAACUACUUAUGGGUGCAGUUUACUUUUUAAAAGAGGGUUGAACUUACAUCGAAGAACUUCAUAUAUGGAAAGGCAAGGUCAUACACUUUGCAUGUCAGAUUGUGUAUUUAGUGCUCAACUUAGAGUUUCAUUUAAAUAACAAUGCAAUUUAGAUUUGGGGAGUGUUAUGUUAUGUUAUGUCAUUUUUUAAAAUAUAAAAGAUGAUAAAUAAGUUUUUUUUUUUUU